AUGAAUACGGUCAACUGCCAUCUUAAUUUCAAUUGCUCGAUGCUUCAUUUACCCUACACUUCGUUACUCUGCCCGGCCAUUCGCGUCCACCGCAUGCCUCCACACAACUCGCCUCUACCCUCCCUUCAAAGCCCUCUUCGCUCGGACACACCCGCCGCGGAGAUGUGCCUCUUUCCUGGCCGGCCAUCGCGAGCACCAACAACACUGCAUCUACCUCCACCUCACUUGCGCACCCCACAACCAGCACACAGACCACACAUUUAA